AUGGUAAACCGAAAACCUUGAGACUCAAAUGCACACUAAGCGACUUCUUUCCAGAAAAACUUGAUGUGGAGUGGCUCGAGAACAACAAGCCUCUAGGGAAUUUACCUAUCCAAAAGAAGGUGCAGACUGUGGAUAAAGAGAAUGAAAAAUUAUUCAGUCUGAGCAGUGAGAUCACACCAAGAAGCACGGAGUGGGCAAAAGGCGCAAACUUUUCAUGCAAGGCCCGUCACAACAGCAUUGAAUAUAGAAAGACAAUAAAUGUCUGUCAAAGUACGUAAACACAAAACAAAAGAAUGCUACAAACUAUGCCUAAUGAGAGAGAUAAGCCAUUUAAAGUUAGUUCAUUACAUCGCUUCUCUGUUUUGUUUUUUCUGAAGUCCACAGUGGAAACCCUCUUAUCAUCCACUUGGAGACUCCCAGCUUCAAGACAGUUAUGACAGCUACAUCCAUGGUGCAUGCUACCUGUUCAGUCCUCCAUGAGUCUGAUGCCACACUGACCUGGCAGAUGGAUGGGAGACCUCCAUCCACAAACCAAGUGACUCUCUCCUCUAAUACGAGUCAUAUUAUUAGCACUCUCAGCGUUGAAUCCAGCCGCUGGAAAAAACUGAAACAGGUCACAUGUAAAGCUGAACAUCCCUGUGUCCCCACCACUGAGCAAACUAAACCGGUUUCAGGUAAGAAGGAAAGGAAACUAUACAAAAGAUAUUUGUGUUGGUGGGUGAUCGAAUGCCUCACUUGCUCAUUGAUAGAACAGUGACCAAAUGAAAAAAGGCCUUACACCCCUGUUUGCCUCUGCAUGUUCUAGGGCCUGCAGACACACCUACAGUGGAGAUCAGCAGAUCACUCCCAGAUUUACUCAAAGGGGACAGUGCUGUGCUGGAGUGUCAGAUCACAAAGAGUUCCUCCAGUGACUUCUUUGUCACUUUCCAAGCUCAAGAUGAAGACAUGCCAGGGAAACUGUGGGUGGCUCUUCAUGAGGCCCCUGGCCCUCAUCUGAUCACCAAACGCUUCACUGUGCCUACCAGUUACAGGACAAAUGGCACAACCUUUACGUGCAAAGUCAGUACAGGCUUCUCUGGCUUUUACAAAUCAGGACCUACAGGCAACAUUUUUGGUGAGUAGUAUUUCCUUGACUUAUCUUUUUUUUAACCAUCUGUACUGGAACCCCUUUUUAAAAAUGAGCAGCAUAACAUAUAGGUUUUUUUUUUUUAUCUGUUCAUAUCAUUCAAGGUGACCCAUCAAUGAAGCUUCUGUUGAUGCCUGCUGAAGAGUCAGGACAUCAAAAAUUGCUGUGCUCUGGUCAAGGAUUUCACCCACAGAUUCAAUGGUUUCCUGAGUCUGCAACUGCAACCCAGGACAUCAGCAUGGGUGCAGAUGGACUUGUGACUGUACUAAGUCAGCUUUCAGUUCCUCAGGCAGACUGGAAGACAGGGAAGAACUUCACUUGUGAAGUCUCUGACAAGUCUAAAGAAAACAAAAUCAGGAGGGAGAUCAGCCUCUGUAAAGGUACAACUGAGUAAUGAUAACAACCUGGUAAAAAUGCAGCAUCAGUCAAAAUUGUCUCAUUAAAUAUUUAUAAGAUAAACUAUUGAGUAAACCUAAUUAAACUUUUUUUAAGAUUAAAGAUAUUUUCAAGUUGUUUUUGUUUGUUCUCUUGUCCAGCUUGUUCUUCUAUUUCCCCAACUAUCCACUUGGAGACUCCCAGCUUCAAGACAGUUAUGACAGCUACAUCCAUGGUGCCUGCUACCUGUUCAGUCCUUCAUGAGUCUGGUGCCACACUGACCUGGCAGCUGGAUGGGAGACCUCCAUCCACAGACCAAGUGACUCUCUCCUCUAAUAUGAGUCAUAUUUUCAGCACUCUCAGUGUUGAAUCCAGCCGCUGGAAAACACUGAAACAGGUCACAUGUAAAGCUGAACAUCCCUGUGUCCCCACCACUGAGCAAACUAAACAGGUUUCAGGUAAGAAGGCGAGGAAACUGGAGAUACAUAUUUUGUGUUGGUGGGUGAUCAAAUGCCUCACUUGCUCAUUGAUGGAACAGUGACCAAAUGAAAAAAGGCCUUACACCCCUGUUUGCCUCUGCAUGUUCUAGGGCCUGCAGACACACCUACAGUGGAGAUCAGCAGAUCACUCCCAGAUUUACUCAAAGGGGACAGUGCUGUGCUGGAGUGUCAGAUCACAAAGAGUUCCUCCAGUGACUUCUUUGUCACUUUCCAAGCUCAAGAUAAAGACAUGCCAGGGAAACUGUGGGUGGCUCUUCAUGAGGCCCCUGGCCCUCAUCUGAUCACCAAACGCUUCACUGUGCCUACCAGUUACAGGACAAAUGGCACAACCUUUAAGUGCAAAGUCAGUGCAGGCUUCUCAGGCUUUUACAAAUCAGGACCUACAGGCAACAUUUUUGGUGAGUAGUAUUUCCUUGACUUGUCUUUUUUUAACCAUCUGUACUGGAACCCCUUUUUAAAAAUGAGCAGCAUAACAUAUAGUUGUUUUUUUUUAUCUGUUCAUCUCAUUCAAGGUGACCCAUCAAUGAAGCUUCUGUUGAUGCCUGCUGAAGAGUCAGGACAUCAAAAAUUGCUGUGCUCUGGUCAAGGUUUUCACCCACAGAUUCAAUGGUUUCCUGAGUCUGCAACUGCAACCCAGGGCAUCAGCAUGGGUGCAGAUGGACUUGUGACUGUAAUAAGUCAGCUUUCAGUUCCUCAGGCAGACUGGAAGACAGGGAAGAACUUCACUUGUGAAGUCUCUGACCAGUCUAAAAACAACAAAAUCAGGAGGGAGAUCAGCCUCUGUAAAGGUACAACCAAGUAAAGAGAACAAUCUAGUUAAAAUUUAGUAUCAGUCAAAAAUGCCCCAGUAAAUUAUUCAAAAGAUAAACUAUUGAGGAAACCCCCACAAGCUUUGUUCCAUUAUCAAGAUUUUCAAGUUGUAUUUGUUUGUUUUCCCGUUCAGCUCGUUCUUUCAUCUCCCCAACUAUCCACUUGGAGACUCCCAGCUUCAAGACAGUUAUGACAGCUACAUCCAUGGUGCCUGCUACCUGUUCAGUCCUUCAUGAGUCUGGUGCCACACUGACCUGGCAGCUGGAUGGGAGACCUCCAUCCACAAACCAAGUGACUCUCUCCUCUAAUACGAGUCAUAUUAUCAGCACUCUCAGCGUUGCAUCAAGCCGCUGGAAAAAACUGAAACAAGUCACAUGUAAAGCUGAACAUCCCUGUGUCCCCACCACUGAGCAAACUAAACAGGUUUCAGGUAAGAAGGAAAGGAAACUGGAGAUACAUAUUUUGUGUUGGUGGGUGAUCAAAUGCCUCACUUGCUCAUUGAUGGAACAGUGACCAAAUGAAAAAAGGCCUUACACCCCUGUUUGCCUCUGCAUGUUCUAGGGCCUGCAGACACACCUACAGUGGAGAUCAGCAGAUCACUCCCAGAUUUACUCAAAGGGGACAGUGCUGUGCUGGAGUGUCAGAUCACAAAGAGUUCCUCCAGUGACUUCUUUGUCACUUUCCAAGCCCAAGAUACAGACAUGUCUGGAAAGCUGUGGGUGGCUCUUCAUGAGGCCCCUGGCCCUCAUCUGAUCACCAAACGCUUCACUGUGCCUACCAGUUACAGGACAAAUGGCACAACCUUUAAGUGCAAAGUCAGUACAGGCUUCUCUGGCUCUUCCGAAUCAGGACCUACAGGCAACAUUUUUGGUGAGUAGUAUUUCCUUGACUUGUCUUUUUUCACCAUCUGUACUGGAACCCCUUUUUAAAAAUGAGCAGCAUAACCUAUAGGUGUUUUUAAUAUGUUCAUCUCAUUCAAGGUGACCCAUCAAUGAAGCUUCUGUUGAUGCCUGCUGAAGAGUCAGGACAUCAAAAAUUGCUGUGCUCUGGUCAAGGAUCUCAUCCACAGAUUCAAUGGUUUCCUGAGUCUGCAACUGCAACCCAGGACAUCAGCAUGGGUGCAGAUGGACUUGUGACUGUACUAAGUCAGCUUUCAGUUCCUCAGGCAGACUGGAAGACAGGGAAGAACUUCACUUGUGAAGUCUCUGACAAGUCUAAAAACAACAAAAUCAGGAGGGAGAUCAGCCUCUGUAAAGGUACAACCAAGUAAUGAUAACAACCUGGUAAAAAUGCAGCAUCAGUCAAAAUUGUCUCGAUAAAUAUUUACAAGAUAAACUAUUGAGUAAACCUAAUUAAACUUUUUUUAAGAUUAAAGAUAUUUUCAAGUUGUUUUUGUUUGUUCUCUCGUCCAGCUUGUUCUUCUAUUUCCCCAACUAUCCACUUGGAGACUCCCAGCUUCAAGACAGUUAUGACAGCUACAUCCAUGGUGCAUGCUACCUGUUCAGUCCACCAUGAGUCUGAUGCCACACUGACCUGGCAGCUGGAUGGGAGACCUCCAUCCACAGACCAAGUGACUCUCUCCUCUAAUAUGAGUCAUAUUGUCAGCACUCUCAGCGUUGAAUCCAGCCACUGGAAAACACUGAAACAAGUCACAUGUAAAGCUGAACAUCCCUGUGUCCCCACCACUGAGCAAACUAAACAGGUUUCAGGUAAGAAGGCGAGGAAACUGGAGAUACAUAUUUUGUGUUGGUGGGUGAUCAAAUGCCUCACUUGCUCAUUGAUAGAACAGUGACCAAAUGAAAAAAGGCCUUACACCCCUGUUUGCCUCUGUAUGUUCUAGGGCCUGCAGACACACCUACAGUGGAGAUCAGCAGAUCACUCCCAGAUUUACUCAAAGGGGACAGUGCUGUGCUGGAGUGUCAGAUCACAAAGAGUUCCUCCAGUGACUUCUUUGUCACUUUCCAAGCUCAAGAUGAAGACAUGCCAGGGAAACUGUGGGUGGCUCUUCAUGAGGCCCCUGGCCCUCAUCUGAUCACCAAACGCUUCACUGUGCCUACCAGUUACAGGACAAAUGGCACAACCUUUACCUGCAAAGUCAGUACAGGCUUCUCAGGCUUUUACAAAUCAGUACCUACAGGCAACAUUUUUGGUGAGUAGUAUUUCCUUGACUUGUCUUUUUUUAACCAUCUGUACUGGAACCCCUUUUUAAAAAUGAGCAGCAUAACAUAUAGUUUUUUUUUUUAAUCUGUUCAUAUCAUUCAAGGUGACCCAUCAAUGAAGCUUCUGUUGAUGCCUGCUGAAGAGUCAGGACAUCAAAAAUUGCUGUGCUCUGGUCAAGGUUUUCACCCACAGAUUCAAUGGUUUCCUGAGUCUGCAACUGCAACCCAGGACAUCAGCAUGGGUGCAGAUGGACUUGUGACUGUACUAAGUCAGCUUUCAGUUCCUCAGGCAGACUGGAAGACAGGGAAGAAUUUCACUUGUGAAGUCUCUGACAAGUCUAAAAACAACAAAAUCAGGAGGGAGAUCAGCCUCUGCAAAGGUACAACCAAGUAAAGAACAAUCUUAGCAAUCCAGUUAAAAUAAUCCAGAAUUAUAUAAGCGUCAUAAAUUUGGAAGUCAGUCAAGAUUGUGACUUGACAGGUGUUGCAUCUUUCAUUUUUGACUGUCUUGUCUCCUUUCACAGUUAGUCCCACAUCAUCUCACUCAAUUGGCAUCUAUGUUAUGGGACCACCAUUACAGGAGAUUGAGGGCAAGAGACAGGUUACCGUCACCUGUUUUUUGGUUGGCCUACUUCUUGAAGAUUUCACCAUCACCUGGAAAGUAGACGGGAACAUAAAUAAUCUCCAUGUUCGUACUACGCCAUCAGUAAGUCACAGCAACGGGACGGAAACUUUGCAGAGCUUCCUUAAUAUCACAGUGGAGGACUGGAAUGCUUAUAAACAAGUGUCCUGUGAGGCAAGGCACCUAUGUUCCACCCAGAGCUAUGAGGAUCACAUCAGCAAAAGCAAAGGUACUUAUAUAAAUUCCAUAUCAAAAUUUCAAGCUGCUUUUAAUUCAGAGGGCUAAACACAGUUCAAAAAGGCAGGCCAUGUAUCAGAAGCCCACCAUGAACAUCAUACAUUCUUAGCAAUAUUUUAGCCAGUCAACUAAGAGUACCAUUCAAGUAAGGAAUGGAUUUCAUAUUUUUUUAUAAAUGUAUGAGCAACAGCAACAUGGAAGGCUGUAUGAUGUUGUGACUUAAAACACUGGAUGACUCCACUUUGUCAUGCAACAAAAACCCACCAGCUCCUCGUUCUUCAUGGCUAAUGCAAAAGAAGAGCACGGUAAUGUCUGACAAAGAGCAUCUCUUUAACAGCUGUGCAAAGUCAGCCAACCAGUGAAAUGCAUGAAACGCUGCUGCGCCACAAACAAUAACACAACAUCAGAGAAGACUUUAUCAAGCUGCAGAUCCAUAGUGAGAGUACUCCCACAAUCAGCUGCACCUCAUCUCUUUAAUGCUAUGGUAAUUUUUGGCAACCACUUAUCUAGUACAUGUGCAGAGGUCCAUUUUAGUAUUUCUAUCCACGGCCCACACACAGUACAACACACAAGGAUCACAGACAGGUCAAGACAGUGAGCUGUUGCAGGUGGAAGUUACUCUUAACAGGCUGGGGGAGCAUGUGAAACAAGGUGCUAAGGGACAAGGAGCUUAGUAAAAGCGACUGUGCACCACCUGUAACCUCUCCACCCGUCGUCUCUACCUUUUAAUGUAGGUUUUGGAGUUACCAUAUGAGGGCUGAACCACGUGAAGUUAAUGUAGGAAGUCUCUGAUUUACCAGCAGCACAAAAACCUUUAUGACCCUAAUAAAAACUAAAAAUGUAUGGUUAUAAUUUUGCUUGGUGUCCAUAAAAAAACUCUGAAUUUGUCUUGUGUUUCCCUAGACAUGAAGCAACCAACAGUGAAGAUCAUACAGCCAAGUGCUACUGAAGCUUCUACAUCCAACAGCCUCACACUAAACUGCCUGGUUUCUGAAUUUUUCCCAUCUAAUAUUAUAGUUUACUGGGAGGAAAAUGGUGAGAUACUCCCUUCAACUGACUACACAAACAGUCCUGUGUGGCAGUACACCGGGAGCAACACUUUCUCAAUGAGCAGCAGACUAAAUAUCACCCAAUCUGCGCACAAGAAGUCAACAUAUUCUUGCAUUGUCAAACAUGAGUCAUCUGAAACGCCUCUUGGAAACUCGAUAAAGGAUGUGUUUGGUGAGCUGAGAAUGUAUGUUUAUUAUUUAACUAUAGUUUAAUUAUGAUAUUCUCAACACCAUAGUAAUGCUGUCCAAAGAAUUUGUACACUCUAGAGCCCACUGACAUUUUGGUUAUUGAAAAAGAGCUGUGUUGGAACUGGGAGAAAAACUGGCUGUAAAAUAUUUUGCUCUCUUUGAGGUGAAACUACAGAGGCUUGUAAAAAAGUACAGGUCCUAAUGAAAUAACUCAAAUUGGUUGAAACUCUAUUUUACAGCAUAAAUUUAUGGAAUUUCUUUACAUUAAUGAUGCACCCUCUGUUGAUGUCCUUAGCCUGCUUGCUGGUUAGUUUUAGUAUGACUUGUGCAUUGUUAUUGUUUUAUGUGUGUCUCUAGCUCUUUUUAUUAAAUCUUUGACAAUUAUGAGUAUCUAAAAGAUCUUUCUCUGAUUCUUUUACAGGCGUCUUGGAUAGUUGUAAUUUCUUAGAUGACAUUAUGCACGCUGCCAGACACCAAGACACAGAUGUGGACAGCUGGUAUAUGUCUUUAACGUUCCUCAUUUUUUUCCUCAUCUCCAUCAUCUACGGUAUCCUUGUAACCCUGAUUAAGGUAAGACACAGCCUUCUUAUAUGGUCUAUUUCAUUUCAUUUCGGUUACAUCAGUCUUUGCAAUCUUCAUUUUAUUUUAUUCUGGAACUUAAAUGUGUUGGGAGUUAGCAUUGAAGUCAUUUCUUGUGUUCCUCUUGCAGACUAAAUGAUGAGGAUCAGAGGACGGAUCCACUUUCACAACUCAUACGUCAAGUUCUAGGGAGUUUUAAUGGAUCUUAUCAACCUUUAAGCGGGAAAUUUAAUCUUUUUUUUAUAAAUCCUUUCAAUAGACUGUACAUAGUGAACAACAAAUGUUCAACAAAUGUUCAUUUCUUUUCUACAAGCUUGUUUUAGAUUUGGUAUUGUUAAACUCGUACAUGUUUGCAGAAUUAAAGGAAACAUGUUGCAACUGAAUAAAUGAACAACGUGAAUCAUGCAUUAAAUUCUAAACUGUAGUGAUUAUACCCCUGUUACCAAGAAACUUGUAACCACUGAAUUCAAUGCAUUAAUCACAAUAAAGAUUUCAACAUGUGGAACAAA